UGAGCUGUGGAGACGGUCUUGCUAUGGUUGUGGCCAGCAUUAAUGUCGCCUGAAGUCCCACAGGCCAGGCCGACUAGUUUAUUAGGAACAAUAGCAGCGGGUUUGUUUAUAGCUUAUACGCGUGGCUUGAAUGCCACUCACUUCCUCAUUUGAAAGAGGACCAUCCUCCCAAUAUCCCCGGAGAAGAUCGCUUUACAGAAAAGGGUCGAUUGCUUCACCACCGAGCGAAAAGUGGUGCUUUGCGUAAUUUUCUGAUGCUGCUCCUUCUCUCUCCUUAAAUUUUGUCAUUAUAUGGGGGCUUUUUGUAGAUUUGUUUUCUCUUUCUGAUCUUUAUGAUUAGAAUGGGAUUAUGUUUAUCAAGUACUGUGUAAACCUGGACAUUGUGUGACUUAAAGGCAAGGUAAACAUAAAUCCAGUAAAAUAAGAAAAUACAUAGAUGCCAUCAUGGCACUCCCUUUGCGCAACAUCAAGCAAAAUCUAGAGGUUGUAGAAAUUCAGCCAGACUGCCUUGGACUCUAUUGUGGAAGAACAUUGGAAAUUAUAAAUGGAACUGAAAUUCAUGGUGAUUGUGGGGUAUGUCCCAGAGGACAAAGAAGUGAUCCCUAUAAAAUCUGCCGCGAAUGUACAGGCUCCCCAGAACGCUAUGAUUGGCUUUAUCUUGGCUUUAUGGCAAUGCUACCUCUCAUUCUGCAUUGGUUCUUCAUUGAAUGGUAUUCAGGGAAAAAGAGUUCCAGUGCUCUUUUCCAGCACAUCACUGCUUUAAUUGAAUGCAGUGUGGCAGCAAUUGUUACCCUGCUUGUAAGUGACCCCAUGGGCUCCCUGCACAUCCGCUCAUGCAGAGUGAUGAUGCUUUCUGACUGGUAUACCAUGCUUUACAAUCCAAGUCCUGAUUAUGUUACCACCAUUCACUGUACCCACGAAGCUGUCUAUCCUCUCUACACCAUUGUAUUCAUAUACUAUGCAUUCUGUUUAGUAUUGAUGAUGAUGCUUCGUCCUCUGUUGGUAAAGAAGAUUGCUUGUGGGCUGGGAAAGUCAGAUAGAUUUAAGAGCAUUUACGCAGCUCUUUACUUCUUCCCAAUUCUGACUGUGCUUCAGGCUGUUGGAGGUGGUUUGCUCUACUAUGCUUUCCCAUAUAUCAUCAUAGUGUUAUCUCUUGUUACCCUGGUUGUCUAUCUAUCAGCUUCUGAAGUAGAAACUUUCAAAGAUCUGCUUGUCAGGAAGAAAAGGCUUAUCGUUCUGUUUAGCCAUUGGCUGCUGCAUGCCUAUGGAAUUAUCUCCAUUUCCAAGCUGAGCAACAUUUACCAGGACUUGCCUUUGCUGGCCUUGGUGCCUGCACCAGCCCUUUUUUAUUUGCUAACUGCAAAAUACACCGAGCCAUCCCGGAUAUUAUCUGAGGGAGCAAAUGGACGUUAAUUGUAACUAAUAAUAGCCUGGGUAAGUAAUGUAUAAAAGAGAGUCAGUUUUCUUGGAUCCAACUGUCCUUACCUUAGUUGUUAGCUUGUUAUGGAUCAACUUUCAAAUAAAACUUUUCUUUUUUUGAGGAUCAAAACUGGACAACUCUGUACCAACCAGAAAGCAAAUUUUCUAAACAGUGUGGAUACCCAGUGUGUGUAAUGCCUUAAGACUCUUUAUCAGCUACAGAAGCCCUUGAUUUUAGCAGUUAAGUCUCUAGUCUUGUUCUGUAUAUCUGUUUUACAUUUGUCUGUUUUGUGUAAAUAAUUUGUACAGCAUACUUGAAAAUAGUGUAAUUUAUUGAUUUCACAGCACAGUAUUUUCUUACAUGUUUGAAUCUGCAUUCAUAGAAGAAUAAAAGAUUCAGUAUUCUAAUUUCAGUUUAUUCAAGUCUGUUUUAUCCUAGAGAGAAAAAACAAAAUGACAUAACAUAUUAUACGAACACUUUUAUCUGACCAAGCAUUUAUAUGAGAUAGAAAUUAUGUAGUAGCAAUAUUUGCUCUGCAUUAAGAAUUUGUUUGUGAAAUAUUUCAAGUUUGAAAGAGCUUAUGAAACACCUGUCCCUCUUUUACAACAAACACAUUGACAGAAUUUCCAUUUAAAAAGGAACACCAGGAUUCAGUUAUGUACUGCAAAUAAAUGCCUCCCUUUUAGGUGAUCUUUAAAAAAUAUUUUCUGUCUCCAGUUCGGCGGCUAGAUAGUUUAUGCGGUUCCACUUCUAGUAGUGAAUAACCAGAUAUGCCAGUUAUGUUUUAUAUUAUGUUGUGUGUUGUUUUAUGUGUAACAAUUUAUUUUUAAUUUUGUGAAGCUGCUAAGAGUUCUGAAGUUGGGGAGCCUAUAAAUUUGACAAAUGAAAAAAUAAAUAAAGCAUCUGUUAAAAAUUUGUCAUGGGUUGUAGGCUUCUUCAUCUCAUACUCAGCACAUUGUUCUCACAUUUAAAUCCACAAGCAGUUUUACUCAGAUUUUUUUUUUAAAAAAACCUCUCAAGUAUAAUAAACAGGAAAGAAAUGAUUGUCUGCCACUACUGAAACAAAUGUGUGAGGAUUGUUUUCAGCCACAGAAAAUGUUUUUUAAAAGAUUAAUAGAUCUUGGAAGUCCAUGCAGAUUCUAGGUAUAUAUGUGGAAAUGACAAUUUACUGAUUUUAGGUUGUCUAAUGGUUAAAGCAGUUUGUCUCAUCUGUUUUUCCUUUUUUAAAUAAGCUAUAGCUCAGAAUAUGAUUGGCUUCCUGUAAGGUGUUACUUUAAGAUACAUAUUUUAGAAAUUCAACUGA